UUUCAGUUUCGAGAUUUUUGUCAUCAACAACGGGUGUCGAAACCAAAAAAUGCGCAAAGUGUUACAACUUUUAUAAAAAAAAUAACCUUGGAUAAUAAAUAUAUUUUCCUCUGAAAUAGAAGAAUACAAAAAUCUAAAGAAUCAUCAUAGAUUCCAAAAAAGAUAUCACAGUGGUCCAAAAUAAAAUAUACUUAAAUUCCAAGUGAAAACAAAAAAAGAAGAAGUCGGGUUGUGGUCUUCCUUCUCCUCGUUUUCCAGAGAGAGAUUAAAAUUUCGGAACACCCAAAAAGUUCUCGUGAAAAAAUACUGGUGAAUCUUUUUCUAUCUCCUUUAGCUUAUUUAGCCCACAUUUCAUUACACAGAGUAGAAAUCAAGUAUAUCGGUAUUCCAACACAAAAAAGUGAUGUCAUCAUCAUCAUAGAGUUGGGAAAAAAAUUAUUGUGUGUUGUUGUUUGAGAAAAUAAGUAAUAGCCACUUGACUCAGAACUUAAACAACUGAUAGCAAAAAGAUCAUUGGUUAAAAAAGUUAAUUCAAUUAGCUAAUAGCCAACAACCACUGGCAGCAGGCAGUUCCAUCGUGAACAAAGCCUAAAAAUGGUUUUCGAAUCAGUGGUUACGGAUGUACUCAAUAAAAUCCUUGGCGACUAUGUCGAGAAUUUGGAUCGGACUCAGUUGAAAAUUGGAAUAUGGGGAGGUGAUGUCGUGCUCAACAAUUUAAAAUUGCGUGAGAAUGCCUUAGAUGACUUAGACCUACCCGUACAGCUGGUUUCUGGUUUCCUUGGAAAAUUGGUCUUAAAAAUUCCAUGGAAAAAUCUCUAUGGUCAGCCAGUUGUAGCACAAGUGGAAGACUUCUAUAUCUUGAUCUCGCCAAAGCAAUCAAUAGAAUACAAUGCUGAAAAAGAAGCUAAAUAUGAUCUACAAGCGAAAAAAGCCGCAUUACAAAAACUCGAAGAUGCAAAACGCAUGGAAUUGGAAAAAGAUAAACCCAAACCAGAUCAAUCGUUUACAGAAAAACUCACCGCACAAAUUGUAAAUAAUUUACAAAUGAAAAUUGCAAAUGUGCAUAUACGAUAUGAGGAUACCACAACCACUGGCAAACCCUUUGCCUUUGGCAUAACCCUCAACGAAUUAGAACUCUAUACCACCGAUUUAAAUUGGUUGAAAUGUUACAUGACUGAGCAAGCAAGUCGUGUUUAUAAGAUUGCAAAUUUGGAUAGUUUGUCAGUUUAUAUGAACUGUGAUGCAGAUCUGUUUACAGACAAAAGAAAUGACAUCGAUGAGAUUUCGAGUUUGUUUAGAAAUAAUAUUGCUCGAAGGGAUGUUAUUCCUUCCAGAUAUAAUUAUAUUAUUGGACCAAUUUCAUCGAUGGCAAAACUCCAACUUAACAUGAAUCCAGAGUAUGACGACCCACCGUUUGUUAUACCUAAAAUUGAUCUCUCAUUAGAGAUGGAAAAGUUGCAUAUUGGAAUCACAAGUACACAAUUUCAGGAUAUCUUAAAACUGGGUGAUUCUAUGAACCGAAUGCAGCUGGGACAACCAUAUAGAAAAUAUCGUCCAUACAAUAAACCAUACAAGGGCCACUACAAAGAAUGGUGGAAGUUUGCGAUAACUUCUGUUUUAGAAGAAGAUAUACGAAGAAAAACUCGGUACUGGUGUUGGGAGUAUAUAAAACAACAUCGUGAAUUGUGCAACACAUAUGCAACGUCCUUGAAAGAGAAACAACUAUGUAAAAAACCAACAGCAGCUCUAAUUGAAACAUGCAACCUAUGCGAACAGAAAUUGGAUUUAUUCAACUUGAUAUUGAUCCACAAUCGAGUUCAAUUAGAGGUUGAUAAAGUAAAAGAAGCGGAACAAAAGAAAGCAAGUCAGAAAAAAGGAUGGUUUAGUGGUUGGUGGGGUGGAUCUGAAGCUAAUGAAGAAGAUUCAUCUAAUAAUAUAGUGAAAAAAUUCGAAGCUGCAAUGACAGAUGCAGAAAAAGAAAAACUCUACAAAGCCAUUGGCUAUCAGCAAGAUGCUGUUGCCCUGGCCGUACCUGAACACUAUGAAGCAAUUAAAAUGAAUUUCAAAUUAGAAGCAUUGGAAAUUGGUGUUUAUGAUGAUUUUGUUGCUGCGAACGCCAUUUCACCAGCUUCUCCUGUUGCACCACCAACGAGGACAGCAGUCAUGCUCAUGAAUUUCACUUUAGCUACAUGUAAUGUUGUCCAGAGACCUUCUGCUAAUGCUAUAAGCGUGACUGCUCGUGUAAAGGAGAUGGAAUUAAUUGGCUUAAAGAAAGGCGAUUAUAUUCCAACACUGAUAGAAUCUCAAGUAACUGAUGAGUUUAGUUUGCUUGAUGUCUUGUUUGAGACAAAUCCACUUGAUAAGAAAUGUGACCAAAGAUUAAAGAUUUACAGUAGACCACUGCAAAUCAUUUAUGAUUCUGAUACAAUUUUACAACUGGCGAAGGCAUUUACACCUCCCAAAUCGGUCAAUUUGUCAGAAAUUGAAGGUGCAGCAUCAGAAAGAAUGUCUCAUUUCAAAGAACGAUCAGCAACUGGAAUGCAAUAUAUUGUGGAUAAACACCAAAUUCUGGAAGUGGAUAUAAAAUUCAUGCCAAAUAUAGUCAUUCUUCCAGCAAAGGGAAAAUACAUUCCUGGCGAUACAUCGCUAAUUGUCCUGAGUCUUGGUGAAUUCCGCAUAACAUCAGCUCCUCGUUCAGGUGAUACAGGAAAUGUCGCCAACAUGCAUGGUGCUGGUCAUGAUUCCGAUGCAAUCUUACGUUCAAUGAUGGCCAAAUCCUAUGAUAAAUUUAAGGUUGAAUUGGAAGAUAUUCAAGUUCUAGUAGUCAAGCCAAAAGAAAACUGGCAAAAUGUUCUUAAACAUGGACAUUUGUGUGAAAUGCAUGUACUCCAACAUACAUCUCUUAUUGUUACAGCUGAAGUUUGUGUGAUUACUGAUGAUCCACGAUUACCUAAAACAAAAGUUGGAAUUUUAAUUCCAUCGGUUAUGUUCAACAUAACAGAAGAUCGAAUUUUCGAAGCAUUAAAUAUUGUCACUGGCAUUCCAACGCCAGAGUCUGAUGAACCUGAACCUUCACUGAAGAAAAGUGCUAGUUUGGUAGCAACUUCUAGAGCUUCUGUUUCUCGAUUAAUCGAUCAGGAGAUUCUUAAAGUAAAAACGAAAAAGCCAACUCCAGAAGAAUUAUCAACUGAAAUUAUUCAAUACACGAAUUUGGAAAUGAAUUUCGCUUUGAAAGAAUUUGGAGUAACAUUGUACAAGUGUAACAAUGUUGAGCAACAGCGAUCAUUUGAUGAGACACCAUCGGACAAAUUUAGAACUCCAGUUGAAGAAAUGGCUCCAAAUGGAUUUGAAGAUUGCGCCAAUCAAUUUGAGGGUGUUCCAAAUGCUAAUGACAAGAUUCUAUCAUUCCAAGUGCUCCAAUUAGAGGGUUAUAUGGCUCAGCGUACAUAUGAGCUGGUAGCUACAGUAAAGCUUGGAGCUAUAAACCUAACUCAAUAUGAUAACUAUGAAGACCACAUGAAUGUGCUUAGCAUUAUCGAUACACCAAGAACAAAUAUCGAAAGUGAAUAUUUAUUGACAGUUGGAUAUACUAUGGUAAACAAAACAACACCUGAGUUCAGUACAAAGUAUAACUCAACUGAACAACUUAUUGUUGUUAAUUUUGCCAAAUUGGCAUUGACAUUGCAUCAGGAAUGCUUGUUGAAGCUAAUGGAGAUCGGAUGCAAUUUACAACAAAAGUUGGAUGUUUUUAAUAAAUCUUUGGAACCAAAAGAUCGCGUGGCAACAACUGACACAGAGAGUAUUCUCACUAAGCUGACAACGAUCGUGGAAGAAGUGGAAUUAGAUGAUGGAGUUAAAAUUAAAAGAGAAAGAACUCGUAGUAAACGAAAAGUGGUUGAUAGCAUAAAAAUCAAAGUUGUAGCAAACUUGGAACAAGUAUCGGUCUGUUUAACAUGCCGCAAACGUGACUUGAUGUUACUUAAAGUUCAAAAUUUCUUUGCUGGAGUUAUUAUGAAGUCUUCAUACACUGAACUUACACUUCUAUUAAAGAAUAUCAUCGUUUGGGAUUUGAAUCCAGUCACCAUACAUCCAACUAUUUUAUCAAUUGUUGGUGAAAAUGCUUUAAAAUGUCAAGUUGUGAUGUAUAAUCUUGAAGAAACAGCCAAUUACAAUUCAGAUGAUCUUAAAGUUGAUGUGAGCAUUGGUUGUGUGAGGAUUGUAUUUCUGAAUUGGUUUGUGACUUCUGCAUUGAGCUUUUUAAAUAAUUUCCAAGCAGCUCAAGAAGCCUUAGCUAAUGCUAGUGCUGCAGCUGCUGAUGCAGCUAGACAAAAUGCAAUUGAUGCCUAUCAAAAAGCUACAAGAAUGAAGUUGAAUAUUAAAAUUAAAGCUCCAAUUAUUGUUGUUCCUGUGAAUUCAUUAAGUUUAGAUGGUGUUUCUUUGGAUUUGGGUAUGCUGAGUUUGUCGAAUGUUACCAGUGAAAUUGCUGUUGCUGAGAAUGAACACAGUCCAGCGAUAUUGGAUGAGAUUCGACUUGAACUCAAAGAUAUGCAAUUAUCUAAAGUUCAGAUUACCAAAGCUGAAUGUUCACCAGAAAAUUCAGUUGAUCAACAACUUAAAGAUGGUGCAUCUUAUGCUUCUUUGUCAUUGGAUGAAUCUACAUUAUAUGGACUUAAGGGACAUGUUAAUAUGCUUGAUCCGAUUAGUUUUAAUUUGGCUGUCAAACGGAAUCUUUCCAGUUCUUGGUAUAAGGAUUUGCCUGAGGUGGAUGUAUCUGGUCAUUUGAAAUCAAUUGAGUUGAAUUUAUAUACUGAUGAUUACGCUCUACUCAUGUCCAUUCUCAAUAAUAACUUAUCUGAGGGUCAAACUGAGUUCGAAACAGUUCCAGCUAAGGUGCAAAAGCCAGAAGAUGUUAUUGUUGAAGUUCAUCAGAAAUCUGAUAAUCGACAAGAUAAAAGUCCACGACAUAAAACAUCAUCAGCCAAAACUCUUCAACCAACAAGUGAUAAGCAAAAAAUCUAUGAACAAUUUAGAUUUAGUUUCCAAUUCGAUGGUGUUAUUGUUAAUUUAUUCCAAGCCAACCAAGAAGGUUUAGCUCGAUUUGGUAUACAUUUCCUUUCGGUUAAGGGUAAGAUUUUGAUUGAUGGAACUCUCAGUACUUCAGUUGUCUUGUGUGAUAUUCAAAUCGAUGAUAUUCGACCAAAUCUUAAUAGUAAAAUUACUAAAUAUUUAUGUCGCAAAGAAUGGAAACGAGAAAACGAAUCCUCAUUAAGUCGAGGAAGCGAUUUCAGUGACAGUCUUAGAGCUGAGAAAAACUUUAUGUUAGACCUGACGGCGAUUGUUAAAGAAAACGAUACUUUUGCUGAAAUAAGAGUUUGUGGUUUCGAUUUGAUCAUCACAAUUGAUUUCUUAGUGAAACUAGCCGAGUUCUUCACACUGCCUGAAACUGAAACACCUGAAGAAGUUGAAGAAAAAGCAGUAGCCUUGAGAACUGGUGAAGUCAAAGCUGCGCCAAGAACUCCUAAAAAAACUGUUGCCACCCAAGAAAAUGCUCCGGAAAGGAAACUCAAUCUCUUGCUGUACAUUGAAGAGCCUGAUAUCAUUUUGAUUGAAAGCUUAGAAGAUGUCAAUACUAAUGCUAUCAUUUUUAAUUCUCAAGUUCGACUUAACUAUCGAGCAGUUGGUGCUAAAGAACUUAUAAGCGGACAAAUUGAUGCUCUCAAAAUGUACAUGUGCUCUUUCAGUCCUGAAAGAAGAGAAGCUACCAAACACUUUAUUCUGCAUCCUUGUGUUAUAAGUUUACAUGGUUCAACGCCAGAUCAAGAGGGACUUCAUAUAAGUCUCAAGAUGACUGACAUUAUUCUUAAUAUUUCUCCAGCAACAAUUGAAUUGAUCAAUAAGGCAAUGGUAACACUUUCUUCAAGAACUGAAAAAGUAGCAACACAAACAAAGGAAAUUGAUCACAGUAGUGUAUGGUGUGUUGAGAAAUUUACCGAAAAAGAUUAUUGGUUUUUAGUUGAUCAAGCCUAUGAUGCCUUGGAGAUUCCAGAUACCCUAGAUGAAAUGACAAUAACAAAGACUGAGAAAUGUAUUGUAGAAGUGCCUUCAAUAACAUUAGUUGUGGAAACUGGUGUUGGAUAUUAUACUACCCCAAUGUUGUUUAUUGAGACAAAACUUAAUGCAACUGUUGCUAAUUGGAGCCAAAAUAUGAAAAUAGAAGGCGCCUUAAAUCUUUACAUGAAUUACUUUAAUCAUGCCCUAGGUGUAUGGGAACCUUUAAUUGAGCAAAUUGAAAAACCAGACAAAUCUGGAAUCAUUGAGUACGUACCAUGGGAACUUAAUUUUGGUUUAGAAAUUCAACCAAAUAAAUCGGAAAUUGAUGAUGAAAUUGAAGAACCAACAACAAAAAUCAAAAUUGAAUCUGAAGAAAUGCUUGAAAUUACAAUGAGUAAAACUUGUCUUGAUACUUUACAAGUUCUAGGUGAAGCUUUCUCAAAUGCCAUUGAUGCUAAGGGAUUGAAUAAACCAGAAGUUAUUGCACCAUAUGUUGUGGAAAAUGAUACUGGAUUUGAUAUAUCAUUGAAUUUAACUCGUGGAAUAUUCACAUUGCAUGAGUGUCAUAUGCCGAAUACAAAUUCACGCAGUGAGGCAUUGAAUAGUUCGCUGGUAUUUAAAUGUGAUGUUCCGGAUUCUGAUUUAUCACCGGAUCAAGUCAAAGAUUGUACAAUUUCACCUGGAGGAAGAGCAUAUUUACAAACAAAGGAUUUGUCUAGAAUGACUUCGGCUGAAGAUGAAGCUUAUAAUAUUUAUUGUGUGGUCGUGGGAAUCAAUAAAGAAGUCGUCCUACCAGUGUCCAAGUCUGAUCAACGAUACUUCCCACUGUACCGAGGUGCAAAUCAAGAUCCUUGGGGAAUAAUUUCACAAGUCACUUCCGAGUAUGGAACCACAAGGAUCAACAUUCACGGAGUUGUUAAUGUAAGAAAUCACUUUACUACAACAGUGAGUGUUUAUAGGAACAAGCACGGUACAACUGAGAAGGUUUUAGUUGGUGAUGUUGCUCCAGGAGAAGUUUUCCACGUUCCAUUGCACGCAAUCUAUGCUGAAUCAAAGGAUUUGUUCUUUGCAUUGCCAGGUUACAAAGUAUCAGUUCAAGGCAUACGAUGGAAUGAUUGUCCAACAGAUUUCAACUACCAACGUCAGAUACAAUGUGAUCCUGUAGAUACAUUCGAACCACUUUACAUCAAUGCCGUAAGACAGAAGACAGAAGUCUUCCAUGAGAAUACAAUGAAAUUCAUGCUUAUGAGUGCCUUCUACACGGUUCAUCUUCGUCCUCCAUUGUAUAUGAGAAAUGCCCUCCCCAUUGAUAUCAAGGUAUCAGUCACUGGUUGUACUGUACGUGAUGCAAGCAAAGCAACGGAAUUAGACGAGUCUGAUGAUAUUGAUAAGGUAAAAUCACUUAUAAAAGAAGAUAUGCUUGAUUAUGGAGAGAAGGAUGUCAAACCUGGAGAUGUAUUGCAUUUGCCAACUGUUAAGCUAACUGGAAGGCGCAAUAAGGCGAAGAGUUAUGUUGUUGUUAGACUUAUUCAAUAUUUGGAAAAAGAUUGGUCAUGUACAACAGAAAUAUCUGAAGAUCACGAAGAGUAUGCUACAUGGACAUUUACUUCGUAUGAUUCUGUAGCAAAAAUGGAAAUGGAUUUAGGUGUGAGAUUCCAAGACCGAUAUGGAAGUCUUAUGCUAACGGUUUACAGUCCAUUCUGGAUGAUAAAUAAAACAGGCUUAAUGCUAAGUUAUAAGACGAAUACCGAAUCAGUUAAUGUGCUUUAUCACCCACCUGAGUAUAAUGGACCUAUAUUAUUCUCGUUCCGUGAGAAAUUCUUCUUUGACAAGAAAAGAGCUUCCAUACGAGUUGAUAAUGGUGAAUGGAGUGACAAGAUACCUUUAGAUGUAGCUGGAUCGACUGGAGAAGUAACAUGCAACGCAAACGAUCAAUUAUAUCACAUUGGUGUGCACAAUCAUCUCACGCAGAACUCACUGACAAAACAAAUUACAUUCAUUCCAUUUUACAUUGCGACAAAUAAAUGUGAUGUUCUGAUUGAGUUACAGGAACAUAAUAGACCAGGAGAUCCAUGGACCAAAAUUGAACCAAAUGAGUGUAUACCAUUUUGGCCAAAAUCAGAAACUAAGAAAGUAAUUCUGAAAGUAGCUGGACAGACGACAGUGCCUUUUGAUUAUUCAGAAGUUCAAUGUAUUCUACUUAAACUUGAACAUAAUAAGUAUGGUGGAAUCAAUGUUGACGUUCAAGUGACGGAAGGUGGAGCCUUUAUAACAUUUACCCAAUACAAUGCUGGAGAUGCACCAGGUCUUUUGAUUAAUCACACAGCUCAGUCGAUAACAUUCCAAGAAAAGGGAAAUGUUAACAAAAAAGUUUUGGGACCAUCAGAAAAGCUCUUGUUUACUUGGGCUGAUCCAGCAGGAAAUAGAUUAUUACAAAUUGGUAGUGAUAAUGUCGAAAAUGACCUGCGACGGGAUGGUCUUGGUUCAAUAACAAUGGACGGAGGCUUAGAUGCGUUUUGGGUUUCAUUCCUUGAUGGUCUUCAGCGUGUUAUUCUCUUCACCGAUAUGAGUAGCAUUGCAGAGAAAGUCGUUGGUAGCUCAGACAUGCAAAAGGUCAAUCAAGAAAUUGAAAUUCGCAUACAUGGAAUUGGUCUAUCCGUACUUAAUAAUUUAACUGGCGUCGAUAUCUUAUAUUUGGGUAUCAAGAGUUCAGGAAUAAUAUGGGAAUCAAAGAAAGAAGGCAAAAAACGUUUUAAACAAUUUAACCUUGCUGACAGUCAUCACAUAGAAGAUCAAUAUCAAGCUUACCUAGCAGCUAAACAUAUUCAGGAAGAAAGAAAAUUCUAUUUAGAUCAGAAAUAUGAGUUGGACUUUGAUCGUAUGAUCUUCCACAAAUCAUCAGAUCGUGUUAUCAAACGAACAUUCUAUCCAGGCUUUUGGUUUGAUUUGAAAACCUCACCAUUCCAAACGCAAUUACAUGCUAAAAUCAAUAAAAUACAAAUUGACAAUCAACUGGCUGAUUGUAUAUUCCCUGUUGUAUUGGCACCAAUACCACCACCAAAAAGUAUCGCAGCUAAUUCAGCCCUUAAGCCAUUCAUCGAAUGCAGUAUUGUGGAACGUGUUGUACCAAAUUCCACAGUCAAUCAGUUUAAAUACUGCACAAUGUUGAUUCAGGAAUUCCACUUCAAAGUUGAUAUUCUCUUCCUGAGCGCUAUAGCUGAGAUGUUUACAUCAGAUCUUAGCGAUGAGCAAGCUGCAAAACUCUUUAACGAGGAUGUGGAUGCCAUUGAGAAACCUCUCUCAGCCUUAGUUGAAAUUCACUCAGCCCAGGAGCAUAAGAAUUUCUACGAUAAUCUGCAUUUGGGACCACUUAAGAUACACGUAUCCUUCUCCAUGGCUGGUUCGGAUACAACCGCUCUGCCGGGACUCCUCUCGACAAUAGUUCAAGGUGUUGGUGUUACCUUGACUGAUGUGAAUGAUGUCGUGUUUAAGUUGGCUUUCUUUGAACGUGAAUUCGGUUUCUUUACACAGAGGCAGUUGAUAUCAGAAAUCACUGCUCAUUAUACUGGACAAGCAUUGAAACAGCUUUAUGUGUUGGUAUUGGGUUUGGACGUUAUAGGUAAUCCAUAUGGUCUAGUUGUGGGUCUAAAGACUGGAGUGCAGGAUUUGUUCUAUGAACCGUUCCAGGGAGCAAUUCAAGGUCCUGGUGAAUUUGCUGAAGGACUGGUACUUGGUGUUAAGUCACUGUUUGGACAUACAGUUGGUGGAGCUGCUGGAGCAGUUUCAAAGAUUACUGGAGCUAUGGGUAAAGGAUUAGCUGCAUUGACAUUCGAUGAUGACUACCAAAAGAAAAGACGACAAGCAUUGAAUAAAAAACCUGCAAACUUCCAAGAAGGAAUUGCUCGAAGUGGUAAAGGAUUAGUCAUGGGUUUUGCCGAUGGUGUGAGUGGUGUCUUCACUAAACCUAUAUCCGGUGCCAAAGAAGAAGGUGUUGAAGGAUUCUUCAAAGGCUUGGGUAAAGGUGCAAUUGGUUUGGUUGCCCGCCCAACUGCUGGUGUCGUUGAUUUUGCCAGUGGUAGUUUUGAAGCUGUCAAAAGAGCGACCGAAUCUAGUGAAGACACAAAUCGAUUGAGGCCACCCAGGUUUAUGCAUCCUGAUAGUGUUUUAAGACCAUAUAGUUUGUCAGAAGCAAAUGGCAAUAAAUUAUUGAAGGAAAUUGAAAAGGGUAAAUAUGCCGGCACAGAUGCCUUUGCUCAUUGUGAAGAAGUUAUUGCUAAACAAGAAAUUGUUUUGGUAUCAAAUCAUCGAGUUAUUUAUGCUACGAAAAAUGACCUCUUUGGUACAUGGACGAUCCAUUGGACUUAUUUAUGGAACGAAAUUUCAUCAGUUGUAUCAUCAGAUCGUGGAGUAGAAAUCAUUCUUCGAAAAGAGAAUAAAAAAGUGCUUGGUUUCUUCUCAUCGUCAGAAGUUCAACGUAAAGUUGUGACUAUACCGCAACGUGCACGUCGUGAUAAUUUAGCGAAUCUUAUGGAAGCACUUCGAACGGGAACAUGAAGUCAAUGAAAAUAUUAUAACGAAGCCUGCCCAAGAAGUCAUACGCACAUAUUCAUUCGAAACUGAUUUUUUUCCUAUCCAUGACUUUUUAUAUAUUUAAAAUUUAAAAACAAAACCAUACCUUAAAUGCAUUAAUUUGUAAAAAUUUAUCUCCCAAUAUAAUUGUUGCAUUUCUCAGUAACUUUUUAUUAAAAAAAUUGGUUUAAGAUAAAGUUCCUCAUCAUUGCAGUUCUUAAAUUCUAAUCUUUUGUUUUGUUUGUUAUAUUUUUUUUUUAUAAUUUUUUUUUAUCUACCUCAUAAAUAAUUUGAAUUUAUAUUUUUUGUUGUUACAUAAAGCUGAGAGGGAUAAAGAUUGCAAAAAUAUUAAAACGCAUGUGUUAGUGCUUUCACUUGAAUAUUUAAAUAAUGUUAAAAACUAAUCUUAUACGAUAUUUUGUAAAAAAAACAAAACACAAUAAAACUUUAUUAUUUCCUUUUC